AUGCCAAAGUCUACUUUAUUACACGUUUCGUUAUGUGUUAAAUUUACUUCGCAAUUUCAAAAUGCAGUAAUUGCUUCGUUAUGUGCAGAACCAACAUCAAUGACCUCCGAACCCGCUUCAUUAAAACCAUAUACUUUGUUUUGUGACACUAUAGCAUUUGUGUCAUGUAGGGAUCCCAAUGAAGAUAUAACUGCAGAACCCGCAGAACCCACUUUGUUAAUCAUAAGAGCCAUCCAUGUCGCAUGCUGA